AUGAACAGCAACGUGCUAUUAGUGCUGACUUUGCUUCAAAUUCCAGUAUUGGUAGUGUACAGUUCCAAUAUAUUGUGUUUGACCCCUAUCCCAAGUCAUAGUCAUCACAUAUGGAAUCGAGCAUGGAUGGAAGCUCUGGCAUCGAGAGACCACAAUCUGACCAUCGUUUCAGCGGACGUCGAAAAGCAUAGCAAAGGAAAUAUGACGUACAUUCACUUGGAAAAAGCCUAUUCAUUCCUGGCGGAAGCAUUGGAUUUGAAUGAAAUGGCAAAUGAAAACGCUUUUGGAGGUGUCCGCAGUCUAUACGCCUGGGGAAUUGGCAUGUGCAAAGGAGUUCUCAGUUCUGAAGGAAUGAAUACCAUCAUGGGCUAUCCAGAUGAUUUCAAAGUUGACCUAGUGGUUGCGGAUGUUACGUUGGGUCCCUGUCUUUUCGGACUGUUGCAAAAAUUUGGAAACCCCCCAGUUGUCGGGGUCACUGCGUACAAUAAUCCAUCGUAUACUACAGAUUUCAUCGGUGGGCAUAAACAUUACGCUUAUGUUCCCUAUGUUAUGCUGAACUACGACUAUGAUAUGAACUUUUUCCAGCGGAUGUACAACUACAUUGUGUACCUGUACGAUGAAUACUAUCGCCACCAUACAUUCCUUCCAUCGAUAGAAAAAAUGAUGCGACAGUACCACAAACACGCCAACAUUCCAAAACCUUCUGAUCUGGAGAAACAAGUUUUUCUACUGCUAGUUAAUCAUCAUUUCUCCGUUGAUUUUCCUGAAUCCGUUCCGCCAAACCACAUUCCAGUGGGUGGUCUUCAGGUCAUCCCACCGAAAGCACUUCCCGAUGAUGUCAAAUCGUUCAUCGAAGCUGGUAAGAAAGGCUCUGUGCUGUUCUCCCUGGGAACGAACGUUAUGAGCAGUGACCUCGGUGAUGACAGAAUUCAAAUGUUUCUGGACGUGUUUGGGCAGUUCACUGACUAUAACUUCCUGUGGAAAUUUGAAACCAACUUGAAAUUUGAUUUACCUAAAAACGUUCUGAUUAAGAAGUUUCUGCCACAGAAUGACGUUCUAGCUCAUCGCAAUGUAAAAGCAUUCAUCACGCAUGGCGGGAUGCUUAGUACGCACGAAGCCUCGUGGCAUGGAGUUCCAAUGAUAGGAAUUCCAUUCAUAUGCGAUCAGUAUCGGAAUCUGCACAAAUCCAUGCAGGCAGGUGUAGCUGUUAAGUUAGAACAUAACGCACUAACAUCCGAUAAGGUUCGAAAGGCGCUACAGGACGUCCUGGAAAAUCCAACAUAUAGAGAGAACAUGAAAAAACGAUCAUCGCUGUUCCGAGAUCAACCGGAACAUCCUCUACAACGUGCCAUCUGGUGGAUUGAGUGGGCCCUUCGUCAUCCGAACUGCGAACGCAUCCAAUCACCAUCCAAAUGGAUGAGUCUUUGGUCAAGUGAACUCUACGAUGUCAAACUGAUCAUAUUUAUUGCUAUGUUUCUAACGGCAAUGUACACCAAAUCACUGCUAACGAAGGAGGUAUUCAAAUAUACCAAAGGCUCAAAAGAUAACGAUAAGAAGCGGAGCUGAAUUGCAGCCCAUUCAUAAUAAAAUUUGUGGUAGUUUAGUAUCCAGCAAUUUGCAAUCCAACGUAUAAUGAAAUACAUGUGAACGAUUUGAUGAUAUAAUCAAUAGGUGAUACCGGGAACUAAUCAGCUCAGAUUGAAGUCACGUGUAGGCAAAGUACUAGAAAUCAUCCGUUUGUUUAGGUGUGUACAACCUACAUGCAUCGUGUAUUCAACGAUGACUGUAGUAAUUGUUUGAAUGAUAGGCACAUUUUAAUCACCGCAUGUUAGUUUUCUCGUAACGCUUUGAUGAGUGCAUCAUAGAGCAAUGUACACAACAUACAACUUAUAGAAUACGACAGAUAGAAACAGUAUUAUCGUCACGUGCGCUG